AUGGAAGGAGAUCGUGUGUUCGAGUUUGAUGAUUGGCGUAAUUUUAUGGUGUAUUGGAAAGGAGAUUUACAAUAUAAGGAAACAAUUAAAGGUUUUUUGUCGAAUAGCCAGUGGAAGAAAUUGAGGGAUGGUAUUUUUGGCAACUUCUUCCGAUUACAAAGUGUAAAGUUCUCUGGUAAACUUAUUCACUGUAUAUUGCUUUCAGAAAUUGUAAAUAAUGAACCUGAUUCAAUGACAUUCAAGGUAUUUGAUCGUGAAAUUAAGUUUACCCAUGACGCAUUUCACAUAAUUACUGGUUUGAAAUCUUAUACGUUGCUCGACAUCAAAGGUUUACAUGAGAAAGAGAAUAGGCUUUUAAGAGUCUAUUUCCCUGGAAAGGAUAGAAUUGAGUUGGGUGAUUUUUUUAGUUUUAUUUCUAGUCACCCACAUGGUACAGCUUCAUCAUUUGUUGGCAGCGAUGAUGAUGCUUUGAAGUUGGCAACAAUCUAUUUUGUUGAAUUUGUUUUGAUGGGCAAGCGGAAGAAUAGGAAUGUGUCCGACCAGAUAAUGAAAAUUGUCGACGAUGACGCACUCUGCUCUUCCUUCAACUGGGGCUCUCUUUCUUAUGAGACGCUAUUAAAAUCAUUGAAGAGUUGUUUGAAGCCAAAUGAGAAUGAGAUUGAGAAGGAGAAAGACAAAGAUAAAGAGAAGGAUAGCUACACUAUAGUUGGCUUUCCUUUUGCCUUUUGUGUUUGGAUUAUGGAAGUACUUCCUAUUUUCCAAGAAAAACAAUUUGUGAACUUCAAAGAAUCUGGUUAUCCUCGGAUGUUAUGUUAUUCUGAAAUGAAGUCUCCACAGUUUGAUGCUCUUUGUAGAAAAUAUUUUCAUAAUGAAAAUUUGUUUAAGUUGAUCGAGGUGUCACCAUUCAUUCCUGUUGAAGAAGAAGAUACAGAGCCUCUUAGUGUGGAGGAUCCAAUUUCACAAGAUCAAAGCUCAAGGUCUUCUUCCACACAAUUUGACGAAGCCAUACUUAAGGAAAUUGUUAGAAGAUUAUCAGAGAGUUUUAAGAAGGAUUUGCAAGCUGAAGUUACUAGAGUUUAUCAGAAAAUAGCUGUAGCAGAAAAAAAGAUUGAGAAUGAAAUCAUGGAUUUAAAGAAAACUCUAGGAUCAAAGCUUGAUACUUUGUUGAACAUUUUUGGGAAAGCUGAUCAAAUGAACACAGAUAGAGAAUCUAGUGUUCCAAUUAGAAAAGAUGGAGUUGAUGAUCAUUGUCGUGCUACAGAGCCUAUUGUUACAAUCAACGAAGAUGCAGGCGGUGAUGAACGUGAUGAUAUGGAUGUGGAUGCAGAAGUGCAGUAUGAAAGCGAUUUUAGAGAUGCACAUCUAGAUGAUGAAACUGAGAACGUUACUGAUAUUGGGAAAGAAUCUACUGAUGGAGUGGAAGUUGAAGAUGUAGGUGAAUUUCAAGACCGGGAAAAUCCAAAAGAGAAAGGAGAAACAGAGAAAGGAGAAACAGAAAAAAUUUGUAAAUGUGGAUUGCAAUCUCAGGAGGAUUUAUCAAGUCCAUUGGGAACAAGUGUCAGCGGGAUUGUAUGCAAAUGCUUAGAAGGAACAUAUGAUCUUUCUACACCUCUGUCAUACAAAGAAAAAUUUGGAUUUCAAAGUUGUGCCAAUCAAGAAUCUUUUGAAGCUGGAAGGGAAGAAGCUGGAGUGGAGUAUCAAGAGAAAAGUGGAAUACAAUCUCAAGACGUACAAAAUACUGAAGGAACAAGCAGAAGUGAGAUUGGUUCCAAAUGCAUAAAUGCAACAUGUGAUAUCUCUAGACCUCCCUCUCUUAACGACGAUAUUGGAACCGAAGAAAAUGCUAGUGAAGAUAAUGAUAUAAUUGGGAUGAUCUUGACUAUUGCAAAUGAAUCUUGUGAACAAGCAACUGAAGCACAGGGUGAACAAUUGCAAGAUGAUGAAAAUGUGCAAUUGGAAGAAAAAGAAAAUGAUGCAAGUAAUAUCUUAGCUGAAUUGUCUCUUGAAAAAAUACAAGAAGAAUCUUGUGAACAAGCAACUGAAGCACAGGGUGAACAAUUGCAAGAUGAUGAAAAUGUGCAAUUGGGAGAAAAAGAAAAUGAUGCAAGCAAUAUCUUAGCUGAAUUGUCUCUUGAAAAAAUACAAGAAGGUAGUGUGCAGAAGACAGAGUUGCUGGCGGAGGACAACAAUGAUGAAGCUGUUAGCAAAAAUACGAGGAAAAGAAAGAGAGACAGUAUUGGUUAUGAUGGUCCGUCAUUUGCUAUUCUUUCUCCUACUCCUCCAAGUACACAAAUGAGCAUUGAUGGGGCUUUGACUAUGGAGGUUGAAGGAAAUAUUGAAGAAGAGCUUGGUCGAGGUAAAAGGUACAAGAAGCUAAGUUGGCAGUUGAAAUCUCCUUUUGAUCAGGAAAGAAAAGCGGGAACUUCGAAGUCAGAUGAUCAAAAUACUCCGAAGAGUUCAGGCUGGAUAAAAUCAACAUAUACUCGUAGGUGUAUUUUUCAUUAUGCCGUAGAAGAUGCAAAAUUAAUGAAGAAAUUCAUUGCGUGGUUGCGCAAGGAGAAAAGGAGAGGUCGCAAAAAAGAGGGACAAAUUGAUGUAUAUGCUGAUGAUAAUGGUGUGAGGAAAAAUCCCUACAAAUUGUAUCAUCAAAAAAUCAGUAGCAAAAUGUUCUUCCUUGAGUUUUCGGAUAGCAGUUAUGUACUUGAUGAUAAGCAUAUUGACAUUGCCCUAUAUUAUCUAAGAAAGAAGGAAUGCUACCACCCUCGCGAUCAUCCUUUUCGUUGCACAACUACUGAUAUUCUUUUUGAUAACUACAUGGUGCUUGUGUAUAAAGAUUUCAGUGAUGAUGCUACUGAUGACUUUUGGUGUGCUGGUGAUAAUCAGUUGUUUCUGACACCAUAUGUGUGGGGGGACAGCCGUAGAUGUGGAAUUGCUUGGACAGAAGUUGACAAAAUCUUUUUUCCAUGUCGGCUUCCUUCUGAAGAAGAUAAUGCUGUCACACACUUUCUUUUGGGGGUGUUGGACUUGAAUCAGAAAAAGAUUGAUGUAUACGAUUCCAUAUACAGUGAGCCAUAUGAGGCAGGACUUAAUCACAUGGAAAUGUAUGCACGGAUGAUCCCCCACUUGCUAAAGUUCUCACAGUUUGACAAACAUCACAAGUCUUUCGGAAAUGUCUUCAACAAAUUUGAUAUUCAAUGGCAAAGAUCACCACGCCAAAUUGGAUCGACUGAUUGUGGUGCCUUUCUGAUCAAAUAUGUUGAGCUACUGAUGAUUGCAAAGGAUGUGGAGCAAUUCAAACCCGAAGACAUAAAAGACUUCAGAAGAGAACUUGCUGCAAAUCUUUGGGCGCAUGGUGAAUGGAAAAGAAAUUCUGGGUACGACACUCCACCAGAAAAUGUUGGGGAUGAUUAUGAGAGUGAAAAUGAAACCUGCUGUCCAAAGGAGUUGUAGUUUAGUUUUUAUGAAAGUUGUGGAUGAUCUUUUGUAUAAAAUUGGUGUAAAGGAUACAUGUGAAUUUUGCAAGUUUAGAAAACUUCUGAAAUAUUCUGUA